AUGAGUGCCAGUGAGAAGAAACGGAAACGGCGGGCGAAAGAGAAGGAGCGCAGGGCGAAGAAACGCCGACUUGCCGAAACACUGGAUCCUGUCGAGGCACCCUCUGUCGCUGCCCAGCCUUCAGUACUUCUAGCGGAUUACCUGUCCUCCAUGCAAGCGAAGACAUUCGCGAAGAUGUCGAGUAUCGAGUUGGCGGAUGUUCAAAUCCCUGAGAGUUCGAUAGUGGACACCACGCAAUGGACUGGGUCCAGGAAUCUGGACCAACUGGUGGAUUUCAUAACCAAGAUGGUACCCACACUGCGUACUCGUUUGUCGCAGAGACCCAAGUCCAACGGGUCGCCGACGUUGAUAUUUCUGGCUGGAGCGGCGCUGAGAGUAGCGGACGUCACACGAAUACUUAAGGACAAGAGAUUGCGUGGAGAGAAGGGUGGAGAGAUCGCCAAGCUGUUCGCCAGACACUUUAAGCUCGAGGAGCACGCCGCCUACUUGCGCAGAACAAAGAUAGCUGCAGCUGUAGGCACGCCGGGCCGGCUAGGGAAGCUGCUGUGCGAAACAGACGUGCUUUCCACCUCCGCGUUGACGCACAUUAUUCUCGACGUCUCAUAUCAGGACGCGAAGAAGCGCGGCUUACUGGACAUUCCUGAGACCAGGGACGAGGUCUUCCGGACGGUCUUAGGUGCACCGAAGGUUUUACAGGGUCUUAUGCAGGGGAAGAUCCAAUUAGUGUUGCUAUGA